AUGUCUCUCGAUCAAAAUCCACAAGCGCCCGCGCAGGCAAACGACGCAGAGGACGAUGAUUUGGGCAAGCUGCUACAAUCGGCGCAGGUCGGCGCAGCUACAGGCGGGGAAGACUUUUUCGCAUCGUUGAAUGACCGCGAGCUCGAUCGAGGAGAGAAGGCAGACGACGCCAUCGACUACGAGGACAUCUCUGACGAUGACUUACCAGAGGAAGAGUUCACGUCAGGAACCAGUGGUAUUCCGAACACACAGGGCUUCAGUGGAACCACGCUACAAGAUCUGGGCGAGAGCUUUGAAGAUGGCGGAGACGACAUGGAUGAUUUGUUUGGCGACGGGCUUUCGAGCCCUGUACAAGAGCGUUCACACCAACACGAGGACAAGCCUGUCGAUUCUAUCGAAGACUUGAUCAACGGAGCCGGACCGCAUGCUGUCGAGCUCGGCGAUAGGAAGGCGCAACCAGGCUUACAGGAUGUCGCUCUUGACGCUACACAUCAGGGAGAUGAUGAGGACGAUGACCCAGAGUGGCUCGAGCAGAAGGCUCUGUUUGAACAAGCGCGCAACGGCAAAGAAAAGGAUGGUCCAGUGGUCACGAAGACAUCAAGGGAGGAUUUUGAGAAGAUCUGGCCCAAUUUCGAGCCAAAUAUCCCUCCACGUUUCUUUAGUCUCGUCCCGCGCAACCGUGCCUUUUACAUUCCUAAAGUACCGCAGAAGCAGCCAAAGCUCAUGCCUUUUACCAAAGCCAGCCUCGAAAUUGCAGUGGACCAAGAAAAGAGCUUCCGGUUACCUUCGGCUGCUCCUACAACCGGAUCGAAACGCCAGCUGGAGGACGAGCAGGGCAGCUUUAUUUAUAUCACAAGCGUCGUAGAAGAGGAGCAAGACAGCGACGAUCAGAUGGAGCUGGAUGAUCUCGAUACACUCGACGACCGCGAGAAGAUUGGCAGCGUCUCCUGGGGUGAUAUGAAGAUUGCUUGUGAAGACUGGGACGUCUUAGACGAGGAGAGUACUUCGGACGUUGAUCAACUUCUGUCGCCUCCAGACACGAUCUUGGGCGAUGACGACGUCGACUGGAUACGAAGCCUUGCACCGUCCAAGAAGCGAAAGUUGAGCAGUCGAGAAAACCCUGUCACGUUCUCAGUGUACGACCAUAUGGAUCUCCCAUCUUGGGACGACCCGGAGGCGGAGACUGCAAAGAUCGCGAAAAAAGUCAUUCUGGACAUGAACGAUCCACACCUCUUGCUGGACGUACAGCAGCCAAGCGCAGAGCCACCUAAACCACGAACAACUGGUCUCGGCCUCAAGCGUGACAACCGCGGUAGCCUUGCGAACCCGAUGUUCAAGCGGUACAACAUUUCCAACGACGAGGCGUACGAUGCGCUGAAGGAAAGCAGUCAACAGAAGGUCCGCAGCACGAUCGGCCACAUGAACGUCGAGCACAGCUUGCCCGCUUUGAAACUGCAGUAUCCCUUCUAUAAGGUCAACCUCUCUGAUCGCGAGCUGCGGUCCUUUCAUCGCCCCACGAUCAACUUCAAGAUUGGUGAGCGGGCUAGCAUCUCAACGCUCAAGUCUGUCAAGAGGAAACACAAGAAAAACCUCAAGCCGUCAGAAGCGUUCGCGACAGCCGAAGAUCUCAAUAUCGGCGAUAAUUCGGACCUCUUGCUUGCUGAGUAUUCGGAGGAGUACCCUACAACGCUGUCCAACUUUGGAAUGGGUAUCAAAAUCCUCAAUUAUUACCGUCGCAAAGACAUGGAAGACAGCGCACGACCAAAACGCGAGGAUGGCAUCGGAGAGACCUCGGUACUCUUGCCCCAGGACAAGAGUCCCUUCUCAUUGUUUGGACAAGUGGAGCCUGGGCAAGAGGUGUUGACCUUGCAUAAUGCUAUGUACCGAGCACCGGUGUUCAAGCACACGCCGGAGUCGACUGAUUUCCUUGUGAGCAGAAGCUCUACUGGUGUUAAUGGCACCAGAUACUACAUGCGGAACAUCCCCAAUCUGCUCGUUGUUGGCCAACAAUUUCCUUCGGUUGAAGUGCCAGGUACGCAUGCGCGUAAGGUCACUGAAGCAUCAAAGAAGCGUCUGAAGAUGCUGUCUUUCCGAAUGUAUAGGAGGGGUGAGCAGUACAACAUCAGGCAGCCCUGGGUCAGCAACGAAAUGAUCAAGCUGCAUCUUCCGGGCACUGAAAUCGCCCAAAACCGAUCCCGCAUGCGAGAAAUCAUGAAGUACGAUAAAGACCUUGGUACCUGGAAACCACAGGAGGGUGAGACAAUUCCCGAUGAGCCCACGUUACGCACAUGGAUCAAGCCUGAGGACGUGUGUCUCAUUGAUUCCAUGCACGCCGGUGAUAAGCAGCUUCAGGACUCUGGUAUCAAGUCGAACGAUAUCAGGGACGACGAAGAAGAGCAAGAAGGCGAAAACUCGGCAGUCAAGUUGGCACCCUGGAACACGACAAAGAACUUCUUGAACGCAUGUGCUGGCAAGGCCAUGCUGGAGUUGCAUGGUGAGGGUGACCCCACUGCGCAAGGCCUAGGAUUUAGUUUCAUCAAGGUCUCCAUGAAGGGCGGUUUCCGGGAUGUUGGGCAGAGUGCCGCAGAUCAGGUCAAUGCCAAGAAGCAGAAGGAACUAAGCGGCCACAGCUACAAUGUGCAGCAGCAACAGGCGAUGUACGAAAAUGCCAUCAAGCGCAUCUGGAAUAAGCAGAAAGAGAACCUCUCAGCCACAAAUCCACCCGAAGACGUGGAGGAGGACGUAGAUUCGGCCGCGGCACGCAACGCCUUGCGAGGACGCUCCGAAAUGGGUACACCUGCCCUUAUGCGUGGCGACGAUGAUACUAUGAGUCAGCUCAGUCGCAAUAGCAAUGCGGAGACUCAUGGCAAGAAGUUGCGUAUCACACGUACUGUUAGGAACAAAUACGACGAAUUCGAGGAGCAGGUGGUGACGGUCACUGACCCUGAAGUCAUCAAGAUGUACAUCAAGCGUAAGAAGCAGGAUCGCCUGAUGAACAUGCGCCUCGACGAUAUCAAACCUACUGGCGAUCCAGAAUACGAUCGUCAGCAAACGCUGAAGCUCAUGGCCGAGCUGAAGCGUCUGGAGCGCAAUAUGGAGCGUCGCCAGGGUCGCGAGAAGGCCAAGGGUCAAUCAACGGGUGGUGAUGCAGGAGGUCCCGGCAAAGGCGGCGCAACGCCCAGGAAGUGCGCGAACUGUGGUGAAGUUGGCCACAUCAAGACAAACAAGAAACUAUGCCCACUGCUCAAUGGUCAGAAGAAGCAGAGCGACACCUUCAAGGAUGCAUCUGCUGCAGCUCCUAUGCCCGCCACCCCUCAAACUGCUGGCUCCCCCCUCUAG